AUGGCUGGUCGAGUGAAAGAAGACGAGAAAAACGAGCGGAUUAUUAGGAGUCUUCUCAAGCUUCCUGAUAACAAGAGGUGUAUAAACUGUAACAGCCUUGGACCACAAUAUGUUUGCACUACUUUCUGGACUUUUGUUUGUACUAAUUGCAGUGGAAUACACCGUGAGUUUACUCACCGAGUCAAAUCGAUAUCAAUGGCGAAAUUUACCUCACAAGAAGUCUCUGCUCUAAAAGAAGGUGGAAAUCAGCAUGCUAAGGACAUUUAUUUUAAAGGACUGGACCAACAGAGGCAGUCAGUGCCUGACGGCAGUAAUGUAGAGCGGUUAAGGGACUUCAUCAGACAUGUUUAUGUAAAUAAAAGGUACACGAAUGAGAAGAAUGACGACAAGCCUCCAAGAGGACCGACGGGAGAUAGUGAGACACGAAGUUCUAGUGGGUCUCGCAGUCCACCAUACGAUGAGGCAUAUGACCGUCGUUACAGUGACAGAUCAAGUCCUGGUGGGAGAAGUCCAGGUGGGAGAAGUCCAGGGUUUGAGCCAAGUAACAAAAAAAGCCCUUCUCGUCCUGAGAUCUUGAAUGAUUGGCGCAGAGAGGAUAGAUUUGGGGGUAAGAAAAAACCAGAAGAAGGAUCCCAAUCACCUGAGCAAGUAAAAGACUUGGGUUCAGCUAGCCCUCCUGUACUUCGACCUGUUAGGGAAAUUUUGGGUGACAGUGUUAUUCCUCUUCGUGUGAUAGAGCCUCCAAAACCCCAAGUCAGCCGAAACAGCGAUGCUUCAGCAAUUCCAAAGCCAUCAGCAUCAUUGGGUAGUUUAAUGUCCACAAAUGAGAAUCCACCAGAAGUGAAACUGGAGACUGCUUUAAGCUUGAUUGAUUUUGAUGCUGAUCCCGAACCUCCUGCUCCAUCUGUUCCAGUACAAGCUGCACCACAAUUGACCACACCUCAUUUUGCUGCACCGCCAGCAAGUGCAGCUAAUGAUAACUGGGCAUCUUUCGAUGCUUUGCCUAGUGCCCCUAGUUUAAACGUAUCUCAAUCACCGCCUAGCGGAAACACAGUGGAUUCACUUCUCUCUCAGUUAACAGCGCCUUCUUCCGUGCCAGUUCAGAAUUCUACACUAUCUACUGGACCUGUGCAUCUUGGUCAUUCCACGUCACAAAUCUUUGCACCACCUCCAAACGGACAGCCAUGGAACACGGCACUUGCAUCUAAUGUACCAAGGUCAGUGAGCGCUCCGUCAUUGCAACCUCAUCAAGGAGUCCCUUCUAGUGGUGGUCUGCCGUCUUCUGAAGUUAAACCGUCCGGAAGAACAGAACUACCUGCGGAUUUAUUCACUGUAACCUACCCGCCAUACCAUGCAGCAGCGGUGCCUGGGUGGCAAGCUGGUCCACCUCAUGGUAUGCACUAUGGCAUGCAGCAGUAUAAUAACACUAUGCCUUUCCAGAAUGUUCCACCUCCACAGCAAGCUAAGUCGAUGAACCCUUUUGACUUCGGCAGUGAGCCGCCAUCUCAGACACAACCAGAAACUCAGUUCCCUUCCAUGGCGUCUCUGCAAGGUGCAUUACCUCCUUCAGGCAUGAUGCCUUCACAAGGACUACACAAUCAUUUCGGUAUGCCCUCUCAAGUCUCAAGCCAUCCAUCUGCAAUGCCACCAAGGUACAUAUCUCCUCAAAUGCCAGGAACCAUGCCACCUAGCAAUAUAAACCCAAUGGGCACUCCAUAUGACACUCAACAAACAUAUCAGAACUUCGGACAAUUUGGUGCUGCGAUUCCUUCAAACCAACCACCGGCUUCUUUUCCUUCAGGAGGAAACCCGUUCGGGUAA